CAUUAGAGCAGACGAUUUCCGUCAGCGGUUUUAACAGAUCGAUCUCGAUGGUCACAGGGGCGCAGCGGAAAACCUGUCGCAUGACAAUAUGAUAUGGGACAGCGUAGUAACGAACUUUGCAGGAGAUAGGUAGACGUUAGUGGCAGAAUGAGCUUCUACUAUAUCAAAGUGGUGAAAGUACCGGAAAAACCACCAGGUUAUGGUUUUCGUAAAGCCGAAGCGGAGGAGAUCGCCAACAUUACACAGCGUUUGACCAGACCGACCUACAGCAGUCUCAUACACACAGAGGACAACCAGUCAGUGCACAACUACCAAUACAUUCGUCAACAGAGCAGUAAGAGACGCACACCAUCUGCAUGCAAGAAAACACCACUUUCGACAAACAUUAAGAGUACAAAUGAUCGUAGAUUCAAUGACUGGGAGUUGCAGCGCGUGUUGAGGCGAUUACAAAAACCCACUGAGACGUCUGAAUGUAGACGGUUUUCACACGAUGACGAGUUGACACCUGCCCGAGCUGCAACUACAGUCAACAGACCGAAAACGGUUGAUGAGAGAACUAAAUUUUUGGAGCGACUAGCUCGACCAACAACAGCAAGUAGGGCGAAGAGUGUUAACGAUUGUCAUCUGUGUGAUGAGAAAAGUAGAGAGAACAAUAAAACAUUAGCGCCGUUUGAGUAUGAAUACGCAGACGAUGACGAAUUAGAACCAGCAGUGGUGGAGGAAAUCGUCGAGCGUGUACGAUCCUCGACUCAUGCCAGUACCAAGGGUACAAAGCAGUGUGGUCGACUGACUCCAGCACGUGUAGAUGAAGUGGAAAUCCGCAAAGGGCUGCCAUUAGUUAGUGGUCUCCCAAGGAGUAACACCGUGAAGGAAAUCGUUCACAGGUUGUAUCCCCCGAGAAACCACGGAUACAGAACUACAAGAACGCCUAUCUACAUGCUAUAACCGUUCCUACACUGGUUAAUUAGUAUGUUUACACCAAAAUAGUGUACAUGCUCUAGCUUACUGUUCUUAUACUGGUUAAUUAGUAUGAUUAUAGAGAAAUAGUCUACAUGCCCUAACUGUUCUUAUACUGGUUAAUUA